ACACUCCGACCUUCACGUUGACCGCAAGGUUCAGACACUUUGAACAGUCAUGACCUCUACUCUAGAAAGACCUGUUUGGGAUGAUGUAGACGAAGCUAUGGUGGAAGAAGUUAUGAGGAUGUCCACCGAAGAGCUGACAAGCAGAGCAAGGCUGCUUGAUUCUGAAAUUCGUUUUAUGCAGUCUGAGUUGAAACACGUCAAUCAUGAAAUAAACACGAAACAGACAAAAGUUAAGGAUAGCAAGAGCAAAAUAAAAUUGAAUAAAGCACUCCCAUAUCUAGUGGCUACUGUCGUCGAACUGCUUGAUGUAGAACCUCAAGAGGAUGAAGUAGAAGAGGGAGCAAAUGUUGAUCUUGAUUCUCAGCGCAAGGGGAAAUGUGCAGUUAUCAAGACAAGUACUAGGCAAACCUAUUUCCUCCCUGUUAUUGGCCUUGUGCCUCCAGAAGAGUUAAAACCAGGUGACUUAGUUGGAGUACAUAAAGAUUCAUAUCUGAUCCUUGAAAAACUUCCACCGGAGUUCGACUCUCGAGUAAAGGCUAUGGAAGUUGAUGAGCGCCCAACUGAGAGAUACAGUGACAUUGGUGGCCUCGACAAGCAGAUACAAGAAUUAAUUGAAGCAGUUGUGCUCCCUAUGACGCAUCGUGAUCGUUUUGAAGCACUGGGUAUCCAGCCACCAAAAGGAGUUUUAUUGUAUGGUCCUCCAGGAACUGGAAAAACACUCCUAGCCCGUGCAUGCGCAGCUCAAACUAAAUCCACAUUUCUCAAACUUGCUGGUCCUCAGCUAGUGCAAAUGUUCAUUGGAGACGGUGCCAAACUGGUUAGAGAUGCCUUCCAAUUGGCUAAAGAAAAAGCCCCAGCAAUUAUUUUCAUUGACGAACUUGAUGCUAUCGGUACAAAGCGUUUCAAUAGUGAAAAAGCUGGUGAUCGUGAGGUACAGCGAACGAUGUUAGAACUUCUUAACCAACUGGAUGGUUUUCAACCAAAUCAUGAUAUCAAAGUGAUCGCAGCUACAAAUAGAGUAGAUAUAUUAGACCCAGCACUAUUACGAAGUGGCCGAGUUGAUCGGAAAAUCGAAUUCCCUGCUCCAAAUGAGGAAGCACGUGCCCGCAUUAUGCAGAUCCACUCCCGUAAGAUGAAU